UUGAACUAGCUAAAGCAAUAUAGCUAGGGUCACGUGCUUGCAAUGUAAACCAAGUAAAACGUACUGAAUUGACUGCUGUUCUACAGUGGUAAGUAGCCCGUAUAUAUAGCCCUGAACCCCCUAAGUCACAUGUACUAAAUCCCUAUGCCAGCUGAACCGAUUACAGCUAUACAGGGUAUUCCAGCCGUACAUGGUAUUCCAGCUAUACAGGGUAUUCCAGCCGUACAGGGUAUUCCAGCUAUACAGGGUAUUCCAGCCGUACAGGGUAUUCCAGCUAUACAGGGUAUUCCAGCCGUACAGGGUAUUCCAGCUAUACAGGGUAUUCCAGCUGGACAGGGUAUUAAGCUAGUGCACAGCCCCAUGGCGUUCGGUUCCAGGGCUUACUAAGCCUAUUAGGGGCCUCAGGCCCCUAAUUUCAACA